CUCCGCCUCACUACCAUGCAUGGCAUGAACGGCUUUGGCAAUGGCAAGAUCCACACACGCCGCAAGUGCCGCAAUCGCUUUGUCAAAAAGAAUGGCCAGUGCAAUGUGCAUUUUGCCAAUAUGGACGACAAGUCGCAGCGCUACAUGGCUGACAUUUUCACCACAUGUGUUGAUAUUCGCUGGCGAUGGAUGCUGGUAGUCUUCACUCUUGUAUUUGUUGUCUCUUGGCUAGUCUUUGGCUUAGCCUUUUGGGUUAUUGCUUUGCUGCAUGGAGAUCUGGAUAACCCAGCUGGAGAUGACAACUUCACUCCAUGUGUCCUACAGGUCAAUGGAUUUGUGGCUGCCUUUCUAUUCUCCAUUGAAACACAGUCUACCAUAGGUUACGGCUACCGCUGUGUGACUGAGGAGUGCCCAGUGGCUGUCUUCAUGGUGGUCUUCCAGUCCAUAGUGGGCUGCAUCAUUGACUGCUUUAUGAUUGGCGCCAUCAUGGCCAAGAUGGCGAGGCCUAAGAAGCGAGCACAAACUCUGUUGUUUAGCCACAACGCUGUCAUUGCCAUGCGGGAUGGAAAGCUGUGCCUCAUGUGGAGGGUGGGGAACCUUCGCAAGAGCCACAUUGUAGAGGCCCAUGUCAGGGCACAGCUCAUCAAACCUAGGAUCACUGAUGAAGGGGAAUAUAUUCCUCUAGACCAGAUAGACAUUAAUGUGGGCUUUGAUAAAGGCCUGGACAGGAUUUUCUUGGUUUCACCAAUCACGAUUCUCCAUGAGAUAGACGAGGAAAGCCCCCUUUUUGGGAUCAGCAAACAGGACUUGGAGACAGCAGACUUUGAGAUUGUUGUCAUCUUGGAGGGAAUGGUUGAAGCAACCGCCAUGACCACGCAGGCUCGCAGCUCCUAUUUAGCCUCUGAGGUCCUUUGGGGUCACCGUUUUGAGCCAGUCUUGUUUGAGGAGAAGAACCUAUAUAAGGUGGAUUACUCUCACUUUCACAAAACCUAUGAGGUGCCGUCCACCCCCCGCUGCAGUGCCAAGGACAUGGUGGAGAACAAGUUCCUAGUCCCCAGCUCCAACUCCUUCUGCUAUGAGAAUGAGCUGGCCUUCCUAAGCCGAGAUGAUGAGGAGGAGGAUGUAGGUGGUGGUAGCAGGGCACUUGGAAACCUCAGUCCGGACAGGAACAGCCGACAUGAGUUUGAGCGCUUACAGGCCACCAGGGUGCUGGAUCAAAGGUCAUAUCGUAGAGAAUCGGAAAUAUGA